UCCUAGUCCUCUGCUACCUCCAUGGCCGGAAGCCGCCGCCGCCGCCGCCGCCGCAGAGCGCGAUCGUCGCAGCAGAGCGUCGGAUCCUCGUCGCUGGAGCCGGAGGGCGCCACUCUCAGCACCAGAGAAGUUACCAUUGUGGAGAAGUCAGGCUCUACUUCAUCGAGUUCAUCUGGACCUUAUGUUUGUGCAGAUCUCCUGGACAGCCUGCUUCAUGAAAUCAUUGUUCUUAUCAACUCAUUCCAGGACUUCCUUGCUUUUACUGGCACCUGCCACUCUUGGCGUGCAUCAGUCUCUUCCUUCCCGUCUGUGUAUGCUUUCAACUUCCCACCUCUCCACCUUGAACCAGAUGGUCCUUGUGUCCCUCCACAUAGCAGAGGUAUCAAGCCCCUCCGUUUGUCUAACUGCAAAUGGAAGCUCAGUGACCUUACCAAGAAAAACUUAUCCCUUAAACGUUCAGUGCCUGAAAACACCACUCCAAAUGAAAUGAACUAUCUGGGCUGCUCACAUGGGUAUCUUAUCUUUACGUAUAAGGUGCACUGCCUCCUUGUCGAUGCAUACACUGGUGCCAAGGUGAUGCCCCCCAAACUCCCAUGCAACAACAAUCUUGGUUACUGGUCUGGCAUUGGCAUCCUUAUGGCUCCAUUAAGUUCACCCAACUCCCGCCUCCUCCUUUUCUCAAGGGUCUCCAUGUUUGAGUGGCAGGUUGGAACAAACUUCUGGUCAGAGCAUCCUCUUUUUCUUGAGCGUGAACGCAUCUAUCAGGUUGUGUCCUUCAAAGGUCAUAUCCUUGUCAUAGAUGUUCUUAUGAGGCUUUACACUAUCCAACUAACACCUCAGUUCAGCAUGAAAGAAGUAGAAGUUACGUGGAGGUUCCUGCGGAAGCUGCCUCUUAACCCAUGGUUGGUGGUCUGUGGUGACAUGCUUCUCAUGCUUGAUCUCGCAAUUGCUUCUCUUCGCUCACCUGGCAGCUCCUUUAGCUUUGGCAGGCCCAAUGGCACCAUUAGGUUUUUUGAGGUCUUUCGCCUUGACUUCUCAGUGAAGCCAGCCAAGUGGGUACAGAUGGAGAAGUUGGAAAACCAUGCGCUGUUUCUUAGCCUGGACAGGAGGAACCCUGCAUUUUCUUGCAUGAACCCCGAGAGAUGGGGAGGAAAGAGUAACUGUGUUUAUGUUGCCAGGCUCUUUGAUGAUGCUAAUCAAGAAGACACAUGGACUGCGCUGGAGGUUGGUCAUUCAGUGCCCCACCACCGCAUAGUUGAGACCAUGAUGUAUGGUAUGGCAUUCCCACCAGACUAUAGUGAAAUCGGUAGCCUCUGGCUGUUCCCCAGUCUGGUUUAUGGCACUACCCAGUGAUCGCGUUGGCCUUGCAGAGUAUUGCAAGGUCGUUGUUACUCAAACAGUUUCCUGUGUUGGAGCAGUGUUAUUGUUGAAAUACUUUUGAUGUGUAUUGGACAUGCCUGUGGUGAAGAACUGAACAUCAGGAUUGCAUUUUGCAUUCG